UUAUUUCUGAAUGUCGUCUUUUACAUCGAUGAAUGAAGACACUGCAGACUUGGCUUCCAAAGCCUUCGUGAUGACGGGGUGACCUUUGGGGAGGGGGGUAAACAUCCCCCCUCCCACAAGGUAGGGGGAGGGGGCUGGAUUUGGAAGGUCGACUGCGCCAGGAUGAAUUUCAGAAGCAAUGCGCCUCCUUCCCUCCCUCCUUCCAGUCCUUGUGCCUAUUCAGGAGGGCACCCAGCACAUCCGUGGUCUCGCAGCAACUGCCUAACCGAAGCCCUCGUACCCUUUUUGAGAGUCUCCCCGCCCUUUUCCCCGGGUCUGUUGGCUACUCCAGGGCUGAAGGGUGCCCGCUCGCACCGCAUCUUUGCCCACAACACAGCGCCGGGAUGGUCACGUCGUGAUGGACGGAUUGCGCAAUUGCUGAUGGACCUGGAAGACAGAAAAAGCAGAAAAACAACGCAAGAGCCCCAAGACUUGCUGUACUCAAUUACAGCCGCAGUGGAAGCGCGGCUCCGGGUGCGGUAGUUUGCAGCUUGCAGAGAAAGAAUGCAAGCCCACAAUCAACUCUGCAGCCUUCUCGGGAGCAAAAGCACAGCCAGGGAGGGAUCCUCGGCCGCCCUGACUGGGCUGCGUCCCUGUGGCGCCGGGCAGAAAAGCCACGACCUUGGGCUCGGAGGCUCCGGAGAUGUGCCUGGAGGAAAGAGGCUGUCAGAGAGAAAGUUGCAUUUUCUGCGCUGCACUUCCUGUAGCGCAGCCUGCAGUUUUCCAGCCAGAUUGCCUGGGUUCGCUGGACGCACCCCCUCCUCUGCUCUAGAGCCCAGGGUUUGUGUCCAUGGUUGCUGCGGCCCGCGUAUUCUUUCCUUUGCUCGCUGCUUGUACCUGGGGUUACUGGUCGCAGGCGGAUUGAGGAAAGAGCCCGCUUAGCUGGCACGGAGCAAUUGCCCUGGGUCCCCCCUCUCCCCUGCAGCGUGAGAGUAGCCCUAGAGUCCCCGCGGCUGCCGGAACCCUUCUGCUUAUAGCUAAGAGGUAGCCCAAUUACGAUGAGUAUUUGCAUUCGCACCUCCUCCUCUUCUUCUUCCUCCUCCUCCUCCUCCUUCCCCCUCCUGCCUGAGCAAGGAGGACGGACUCAAUUCCAGGCACUGAACUGGUAUUUAUUUGCAAACUGUCUCGCUGUCGCCAGGAUUUGGCAAUUAAGGCACAGACGCUUGGGAGGAGCCUUUUCCAAUUUUUUUUUUUUGGCACCUGUCUCCAGGAAUCUGCUUUUGGAGUGGAGGGUGGGGGGUGGGUGGUGGCAAGGUGCAGAAAAUGUAACUUUACUAGGGGGGAGAAAACUUUGUCACUUUGCAGGAGCCCGUAGGCAUGUGCAACCUGGUGGAAGAGCUCCACGCGGGGCAGCAUUUUCUUUGACUUUGUGCUUUGCUCCCGAUGACCCUCGCGGGAGAAAGAGGACACUUGAACUCCACGGUGGUUCCUCAUCGCCGCCACCUCGCGGGGUGACAGCAGCGGCGGCCAAUUACCGCCCCCCCCCUCCCUACUCCCCGACACCUUCUGAAGUCCCCAGUAAGAACGCACUUGCCCCUGGGCGGAGGGGAAGCGAAGUCAGAAAGGGCGCUCACGGAGCCGGCCUCCCGCUGCAAGAGGAGCGGGCCGGGGGGGCCGUGGGGGGAAGCGGGGGGAGAAAGCUGCUUGCUGCUGGAUUCCAGGAACAAGUCACCCGGAAUUAACUUCUCGUUAAAGUUAUGGGAAGUGCGGCCAUGGACACCAAGAAGAAGAAAGAUGUUUCUAGCCCCGGAGGGAGCAGCGGCAAGAAGAGCUCGGGCCAGAAGAGGCGAUCGCUGCGGGUGCACAUCCCAGACCUUAGUUCUUUUGCCAUGCCAUUCCUAGAUGGAGACCUGGAAAGCUCGGAAAAACAUGCUUCCCGUAAGGUGGACAGUCCCUUCAGUUCUGGGAGUCCUUCCAAGGGAUUCUUCUCCCGAGGCCCUCAGCAUCGGCCCUCCAGCCCUGUGUCGGCCCCUGUGAGGGCCAGAAAUAGCCCAGGCUCUCCAAAAACGGUGUUUCCCUUCCCCUACCAGGAGUCCCCUCCCAGAUCUCCACGUCGCAUGAGUUUCAGCGGUAUCUUUCGCUCUUCCUCCAAAGAGUCCUCCCCGAACUCCAAUCCAUCUACCUCACCUGGAGGAAUCAAGUUUUUUUCCCGCUCAAAAAAAACCUCCGGCCUUUCGUCUUCACCAUCAACCCCUACCCAAGUGAUCAAGCAGCACACUUUUCCUCUUGAAUCCUAUAAGAAUGAACCUGAGAGAUUAGAAACUCGAAUUUAUGCCUCCUCUUCUCCCCCGGACACAGGCCAGAGGUUCUGCCUGCCCUCCUUCCAGAGUUCAGCCAAACCUCCCUCUGCAGCAUCAGCUCCAUAUGCUACCUCCACAACAGCGGCUGUAGCGGCGGCCGCGGCGGCAGCAGCAGUUGCAGCAGCAGCAGCCCCAGGAACCGCUGAAGCCGGCAUGCUGGAGAAAUUAGAGUUAGAAGAGGAAGCAAUAGAAGAAUCUGAAAGUGAUAUUUACAUGCGAUUCAUGAAGUCACACAAGUGUUACGACAUUGUUCCAACCAGCUCGAAGCUUGUUGUCUUUGACACCACAUUACAAGUUAAAAAGGCCUUUUUUGCCUUGGUAGCGAAUGGUGUUCGAGCAGCGCCACUAUGGGAGAGUAAGAAACAGAGUUUUGUAGGAAUGCUAACAAUUACAGAUUUCAUAAAUAUACUACAUAGAUAUUAUAAAUCUCCAAUGGUACAGAUUUAUGAAUUAGAAGAACAUAAAAUUGAAACGUGGAGGGAACUUUAUUUACAAGAAACAUUUAAGCCUUUAGUGAAUAUAUCCCCAGAUGCAAGCCUCUUCGAUGCUGUAUACUCAUUGAUCAAAAAUAAAAUCCACAGAUUGCCAGUUAUCGACCCUGUCAGUGGGAACGCACUUUAUAUACUUACCCACAAAAGAAUACUCAAGUUUCUUCAGCUAUUUGUGUCUGAGAUGCCAAAGCCUGCCUUCAUGAAACAGAACCUAGAUGAACUUGGAAUAGGAACGUACCACAACAUUGCCUUUAUACAUCCAGACACUCCUAUCAUUAAAGCCUUGAAUAUAUUUGUAGAAAGACGGAUAUCAGCUUUGCCUGUUGUGGAUGAGUCAGGAAAAGUUGUAGAUAUUUAUUCCAAAUUUGAUGUAAUAAAUCUUGCUGCUGAAAAAACAUAUAAUAACCUAGAUAUCACAGUGACGCAAGCCCUUCAGCACCGUUCCCAAUAUUUUGAAGGUGUUGUGAAGUGCAGCAAGCUGGAAACACUGGAGACCAUCGUGGAUAGGAUAGUAAGAGCUGAGGUUCAUCGGCUGGUGGUAGUAAAUGAAGCAGAUAGCAUUGUGGGUAUCAUCUCACUAUCAGACAUUCUACAAGCCCUGGUACUCACACCAGCAGGUGCCAAACAAAAGGAAAGUGAAGCAGAAUGACCACGGUGAACAUAGAAGUCUUCAUUGAAUGUAUGAGAACGUGAACAAAGUUUCUCGGUCAAGGUUUUGCCUCACGAACACUGACUGCAAUAGAAGAAAGUAAUGGUUAUGAGAAUGUCGAUCGCGGUAGAGUGAUGGGUAAUCUUUAUUUUCCCCAGUGAUGUCUAAACUAAGCAUGACAAAGAGAGCUUGAUAGGUUUAAAGAUUAUCUUGUUUAAAAAAAAAUCUAUAUUUCCAGACCUUUUCUGAAAGAUUUAAUAUGCUAUCAUCCUUUAAAUUGUACUAUGUUCUGAAAUUCUAUCACUUUUUGCAAUUGAAAGAGCUCAUUGAUAGCCAAGUAACAGGUAAAUGUGACAUAAGGUGAGUGUAUGGCAUAUUCCUAACCUAGUGCCUUAUGUCAGAAUACAGCAAUAUGUCAUCACUGUUGCCCAUCACUGUUGGAGAAAGUAUUUGUGUGAAGAGAAAACUGUGUUUGAAUGUGAAAGUCUCUGAACUUAUUACCAAAUCAGUUUAAGUUUUCAUUAGAUUUGUCAUAAAAGCUGUACUUUGAAUAUAAAUAGAUUUACUUUAAAACUUUAAUGAGUUUUGUGUUUAAAUGUUGCAUUCUGGACUAAGAUGUAAAACAAGACUGAUUUUAAAAACAGCUUUAUUUAUUUUUACUUUCAUGGCAAUUUUUUACACAUCUUUUGGUGGAUAGUAAAAACUUCACCAUAUCCAUUAAUAAACUGUUGAUUGUUAUACAAAAAAGUGGCAGAUUUCUCGUUAUUUGUUUGGACCUGAAGAGGAUAUGGCUUCCUGAAUAACCUUUAUUAGACUUAAAAAGUUAAAAGUUUCUAAAAGCAUGCAUUGAAAUCUAUUACUCUGUACUGUAUUGUAAAUAAGCAGCAGUUAUUGAGGAAAUGAAGUGCCAGAGAAAUGUCUAUUUUUUUUCUUGUGUAUCUCAAUGUAAAAUCAUGAUGUUUGUAUGACUGCUAAUACAAUUAUUUUUUUUGUAAAUUCUAUUGUGGCAUAUACAGUAUUGUCAUACAGUUGCAAGGAGAGAGGAACAUUUCCUAAUGUAAAUGCUCUGAAAAUGCUGAGACUAUAUAAUUGUAGAUUUUCUUUGCAGUUUGAAAAAAUUAAAACAAGUCCUACUCUCUCUUA